AUUCGAUCUAACAAUAAAAUUGUAAUAAAUUUGUAUUUUGACUGUUAAAUAAUUUCUUCUAGCUCUAUUUGUUGACUGUCUGACUAAUAUCUUUCUUGAGACCUAAGUGAUCAGAAGAAAAUAUCUUUUCAUAAUUUUUAUGGUUCAUGUUUAUCAACUACGCAGUAUAAUUUUUGUCUAAUUCAGUUUAAAUGUUGUUUGAAAAGACCUUUAAUUCUUAAUUAUUUCAUGAGUAUAUGUUCAAAUAUUACAACUCAUGAACCCAGUAUGAAUAAAAAGAAUUGUUUGAAACCACUUCGAAUGUGGAUUGAUGGCAAAAGUUACACAAUUCGAAAAUAUGAUAAGAAAAAAUACGAUUGCAUGAACCAGGUUAUCAAUAAAACGGGGGAUGAAAAAGAUAAACAAUUCUCUACAAAAAUACAGCUUCCUCCAAUGUAUUAUUCAAAAUUAGCAAGAUAUAGAAAUCCACAAGUGAAUUCAGUGCAAAAUGAAACAAAUACAGCAAUACAAUAUCCUUCAAGUGGAAAUGAUGGUUUUCUAGAAAUAUUCGGUGAUUCUGAAGAAUCAAUAGAAGAAGCAAAAGAACAAAUAUUUUCUUUUUUGGCAGAUAUUAGAAAUCAAACUCCUCCUUUACAAUUCAUUUCUAUUCCUCUUUUAAGUGAUGAAAUAAAGCUGAGCUUCGAGAAAUUCAAAAAAAAUAUAUUGGAUGAGCAUCAUAAAGGUGUCGAAGAAUCGAUUUUUCAGAAUCCAUUAAAGUUACAUUUGACAUUAGCUGUUUUCACCUUACUCAAUGACCAAGAGAAACAACAGGCAGUUGAGGUGCUUGAAGAGCUUAAGAAUAUGUUUCACAAGAUAAAAACCCCUUUGAUAAUAAAUGUUAAAGGUCUGAAUUGCAUGAAUAACAAUUAUUCUAAAGUGGAUGUUUUAUAUGCAGGAGCUUCCUUCACAGAGGAUUCAAAUUCUGAUGAAAGUUUGCAAAAUAUAGCUAAUUUGAUAUCAUCUUCAUUUUAUGAAAGGGAGUUUGGAAACUUUACAGGCCUUUGUAAAGAAUACUCAGAAAAUGUCAAACUUCAUAUGACCCUGAUGAAUACUAAAUACAGGAAGAAGAAAGGAGGAACGCCAAAAAGAUGGGUUAAGAGAGAGCCAUUUGACGCUACAGAAAUAAUGAAACAAUACAAAGAUUAUCAUUUUGGAGAUGCUGUAUUUGAUACUAUACACCUAUCAUUGAUGACUACUCAAGGGGAAGAUGGAUUUUAUAAAUCCAUAGCUUCUAUCAAAUUAUGAAUGUUUCAUUGAAUAAAAUCUGAAAGUGUAUAGAAAUAGGGGUACUACUAAAUUGUUGUGCACAAAUUUAUUGAAAAUAUUAUUUUAUCUAUGUUUUAUUCUUAUGGAACUAUUUUUCAAUUAUAAUCCUUCAGUUUUGUGAAGAAUAAAAUUGAAAUACUGACUUUAAUUAAGUAGAUGUUAAAUAUAACAGUUCACACCUUGUUUGGACAGAUAAACUUUACAACUUCUCAUUUA